GAUAACCAACCAGAUAGUUAAGCGCCAAAAGCAACAACGACAACCUCAAGAGCAAUCUCGUCAAAUCGCGCAAACUCCUUUAGACGCCAUCUAUUUUCUUCAAAAUUCCGUGGCCCAAAUUAAGCCGCUUCGAAAUCUGAACCACAUAUUUUUGCUCUCCUCUCCUCACGAAUGCUUCCAACGUCUCCGUCCUCUCGCUCCAUGGCCAGCGGCGCGUGCCCCUCCUUCGCUCGCCACGGGAUCGGCACCUCAAUCCCAUCAGAACUUUCCAGAAGCUCCAGAACCUUCUCCAUCCGGAUCUCCGCCAACACUAACAACGUCACCACUCGCGAUCACGACCAGCUCGCCCAAGGCCCCUCUUGCAUCUACGUCGGUCCCAUCGAAACCGCCAGCAAAGAAACCUUGGAAGCCCUCUAUCGCCAAGCACAGGAUGCGUAUUACAGCGGAAAGCCUUUAAUAGUCGACGACAUGUUUGAUAGAGUAGAGUUGAAGCUACGGUGGUACGGCUCAAAAUGCGUUGUGAAGUAUCCUCGUUGCAGUCUUAGGCGACAAUCGACGUAUGCGGAUGCUGAGGAAGAUUUAUCUCAGGUUUUCACAUUAGCGAGCAUAUGGGUCCUUUUUUUAGCCAUUGGCAGUUCAGCGUGCGCAGUGCCAAUAAUCUACACUAUUGGCCUUGCUUAUCAAGAUGCAUCCAAUUCAGGGCUUUCUUACGUUGAACAAAGACCUGCCUUGGAGUUUCUUGCCACUGUAAAUGGCAUCCUAUUCAUGGUCUUUGGUUCUCUGGUUGGCGUCCCAAUUGCCUCAGCUUCUGUUAAAGUUCUUAAAGGACUGUGGAGAAAUGACUUGGUAGCACUGAAAGGGGCAUGCCCAAAUUGUGGGGAGGAGGUAUUUGCUUUUGUGAAAUCGGAUCAGUCUAAUGACUCUCCUCAUAGAGCAGAUUGCCAUGUGUGUGAAAGUUUAUUAGAGUUCCGCACCAAGGCUGAGAAAACGAUUUCACCGUUGGGUAGGAGAUGGAUUUAUGGUCGCAUUUAUCUUGUGUCCAGAAGAAACCGACGUCAAAGAUGGAUGUGAUAUUUUACCGGUGUUAUAACUGAGCUUUAUGUACAGUGGCCACUCAUUCUUUUUCCUUUUCUCUCUCGCUUUUUUUUUUUGUUUUUUUUGUUUUUUUGUUUUGCUCCUUCAAAGUUAAAUUGUAACAUUACAAACAUUACAAACAGAAACGUCUUUUUGUGAACUCCGUGGAAUAUUUAGCUGUUAAAAAUAAAAUAAACGACAGAAUCAGGUG